AUGGAAGUAUUAAGUAUGUACUUUUUUUUUUAUGGCGAGCAUAGAGUAGAACAUAGAAGAAUUGUUUGGGAACAACUUCAAUGGUUCCUAGAAGAGUUCAAAAAUGUCCAAACAAUAGGGGAUUUUAACCAAGUGGAAAGUGGGAGUGACAAGUUAGGUGGUUCGGUCCAAAUUAGAGGAAUUGAUUGGAGGUUUAGUAGCAAUGUAACGAAGGUUCCUUUUUCGGGGCCUAGGUUAACAUGGAGCAACAAAAGGGAUGGUAAUGAGCUCAUCCUUGAAAGGCUUGAUCGAGCCUACAUCAAAGAGGACUGGUUCAAUCACUCCCCCGAUGGGAGAAUUACUCAUGAACCAAUAAUAUGCUCCGACCAUGCAGCCAUCACCUACUAUAAUAAAGCUAGAUCUUCCUCCUCUAAUAGGCCAUAUCAGAUUGAAAAUUGGUGUCUUGGCUUCCCGGAAAACAAGGAAAUUUUGAAGGAUUCUUGGAAAGAAGAAAUUCAAAGGUCACAUAUGUUUCAGCUAUUCGAGGAAGCUGGAGAAGUUGAGGACCAGACUCCAAUACUGGAAGGGGAAAAAUACAUCCAACGUAUAAACCUUCUCAUUCUAGAGAGUCAGCUGAGUUUUAAUUUCUGGAAACAGAGAAUGAAGGCAAAUUGGGUGAGGUUUGGGGACUGCCCCACUCCUACAAUGUAUAGGAAGGUGAAGCAAAGACAAUUGAAAAAUGAAAUUUUGACUUUAAGGGGUGAAAAUGAUACUUGGGUCGAGGAGCAAAAGGAGAUAAAAGAGGUAAUUCUUACCUCAAUCAAAGAUAUCUACAAUCCAGUCACGAGUGAUAAUCAUGGGGAAGAUAUUGACCUACUUCUUCGGCAAUUGGACAUUCCCUCCCUUUUGGAAGAGAAUCGGCUUUGGUUGGAUAGGGCUUUUAUAGAUGGGGAAAUUAAAAAAAGCUAUGUUUGA